CCUCAACAGCAAUCACCAAAAUCCCAUAUCUUGACUUCGCAAUCAACGAAUGCACCUCUUCGAUUUGCCGCCAAAAUUACAAAUUUCAGAACGGAGCCUUCAUAUACCCGUGUCCUGAAUAUCAACAGUCGACUGACCUAUCAUCGGCCCUUCUCGAUACGCCUAACAACCUGCUCGGUAGUUUUACCUGACAACAAACAACAAGAUGGCGGAUUCGGAAUCUGAGGAGGACUACAUGAAUAUGAUCAUCGAGGAAAAGCCAAAACAAGAAACCUCGAUCCAACGCGCUGCGCGACUGCGAAAAGAGCGCGAAGAGAGAGGUCGACCCAAACCAAAAGCGGAACUUCAGGCCGAGCAGGAAGCUGCAACAAGGGAAAGACUCGAAACAGCUUUACCAUCUACGAACAAAGGAUUCAAAAUGAUGGAGAAGAUGGGGUUUAAACAGGGCAGCACACUUGGAAAAUCCAAGGAUGCAAGAAAAGAACCGAUCGGAAUACAAACCAAGGACGAUAGGUCUGGCAUAGGUCUUGAGUCUGAGAAGAAAAGGAAAUUCAGAGAGCAAGCAGAAGAAGUACUCAGCCGGGCCAAACGCUCCAAGGAAGACGAGGGCGAUUGGCGCGAAAUGCAGAGGCAGAAGCAAAAAGAGGGCAGACGGAUGAAGGAUUUGGCAAAUGCACAAAGAACCGCUGAGCGACUAGAGGAUGUAGAUUUCGAGAGUAAAGAUCCGACAAAAGUCCCGCUUAAAAGCAUCAACGUGCUUUGGCGUGGCCUCAACCGUCAGCGAUUGGAAAAGUUGCGCGAGAAACGGGAGAAGAUCCAGCUUACAAAUAGCCUCACUUCAAGACUACCGACACUCGCAGCUGAGAAUGAUGAUGAGGACAAUGAUUACAAGAUAGCAUUCGGUAGCGCUGCAGAGUCUUCAUUCGUCGACGACGACCUGGACGAUGGAGACGAGGAGUUCGAAGAGUUCGAAGCGCUGCCUGUUGAAGAUCGACUUCAAAAGGUUGCCGAUUUUCUGCGUGAAAAACAUCGAUAUUGCGUAUGGUGCGGAGACCAAUACCCUGAUGUGGCCAUGGAAGGCUGUCCGGGCUCUACUGAGUCAGCCCAUGACGACUGAGCCAUCAGCAAUCGCCAAUUUAUUGAGUAAGAACAUGCAUCAUUCUUGCUACCUGAAGGCAAUCAUAGUACUUCAAGUGGCCGCCAUGCUUUCAUAUGCUCCCCACUAACCUCUCAGGUUAUAAGUCUUGCUCGACCAUUAAUGGCAAGUAUUCGUGGAAGAGAUGCGGGUAGAUUGUCUAUCAAUAUUGACAAGCAACGAGACGAGUCUCUUGCGGAUCACGUUAGGUUCUGUGAUUGCUUAUCUGCAGUCGUAAACAGAUAUUAUGCUGAGAGCAGUACACUCAUCCUCUUGCAAUUGCAGUAGAUCAGGCCUUAUGGAAAUGUAAGAUAGUUUAGUUAAUGAAGGGUUAAAGCACAUACUACCCUGAGCCCGAGGGACCAUAAAGCUUACGGAAUAUCCAUGAAUUCAGAAGAGAAUAAUGCUAGUAUUGUGGUGGCUCUUAAUAAAUUCGAGAUUCAGAUCUGG